UCAGCUGUAGUCCGUUCUAUCAGCCUUUGCCUUCUUUGCGCAUGUCUCUUUUUCUCCACCUUUAAAAUCAUCAGGAAGUAGGGAGAUAGGGAGGCGACCGGACAAAUACAAUGCUCUCAGAAACUGGGAAAAACAAUCCGAAGGCAGAUUAUCUCCGAUCCUACGCGAGCUAUUGCCCAAACUCCCCCGUCUCCUCUUCUCCGGAAGCCGGGCAGCUAAGCAGGAGGCGGGACACCCAGACUACCAGCGGCAGCAUCCUCCCGGAGGAGAGCGGCAGCAUCCAGCCCCUGGUCUCCGCAGCCGCGGCCGCCGCCUGCAUCAUGACAUCGGGGGAGCUGAUGCAGAGCGCUCCGCUGCUGGCGCACCGAUCCAAGAGGAGUCUGUUGUACAAGGCGCUCUGCUUCCUUCUGCUCGUCUUCCAGGGCGGCGUUCUGGACUUCUACCUCAUCAUCUUCACCGACCUGUACUGGUGUUCAUGGAUCGCCACGGACCUGGUGGUGAUCUCGGGCUGGGGGAUCUUCUUCAUGAAGAACGCGCGGAGCAAGCGGGAGCGGGCCUGCGGCUUCCACCAGAAGAGCUCCAUGUUCGGCUGCAACCUCGGGGAGUUCACCUACGCCUACCUGGCCUGGCUCAUAUACGUCAUCGCCUGCACUCCGAAGGUGGUGCUCAUCCUGGAGACGUCCAUCCUGGACCUGAUCGAGCUCAAGGUUCCGUGCGGAAUGACCGGCUUCAAGAUCGUCAUGCUGCUGUCCGCGCCGUUGCUCUUCUGCCUCAUCAACUCCAUCACCGAGGACCUGAACGGGGCGACGCGGCACCGCUCCCACGGUUGCUUCAUGAGCACCUGCCUGGACCUGCUGGACAGCUUCACGCUGGUGGAGAUGCUGCUGCGGAACGAGAUCCCCGCCGUGUACCUCAAGUACACCGUAAUCUCGGUGUACUUCGUGGCGCUGGCCGUGCCGGUGGUCUGGCUCUACGAGCUGACGGCGGCGGAGCUGCGCUGCCGCUGGCUGUGGGCCCGCUUCUCCACGGGCCUGCUGGUCAAUGCUCCCCUGCUGGUGGUGCGCUGUUUCCAGGUCUAUGUCUACAGGAUGCCGGUGUCAGUGUUCAUGCUCAAAAACAUCUUCUUCUUGGCAUGUAAGUUGCUGGAGCUGGUGGAGCAGUGUGUGGCGGUGCGGGGGGUCCGGAGGCUGGCCGGCGGCAGCAACCCGGCCCAGUUCUCCCACUGCGUGUCCGAGAACGACAUGUGUCCGCACGGGUACGUCAACACCCUGGCCGUGACCCAGUCAUAGAGCCCGGUCCCGGGCUGGGGACCGGGAGCCGCUGCCUGUGUGGUGGCGGGAAAGUGGGGAAAUCGUGUUGCGUUCCAGACACAGCUGGGAAUAGUAAAAUUCAUAUUUGGUCCAAAUUACAAAGCCAUGCAGCGGCUCUGGAUACAUGAUGACUUAGGGAAAAUAAAAGUCCAUCACAACAAACCUACAUGGAAGAUAUUUAGGCAACAGUGUAUCACCAUGCAUCAUUUACUCUGUUCAGUUAUAUUAGCCUACUAGGUAGAAACCAAUUCUCAAGAUAGGCAAAACUUAAAGGGUUUCUUAACCCAAAUUGCAAAAAUACACAUUUCUCAGUUACUUCUAGUGGUGAGAGAUAGAUAGAUACCUUGCACAAUUGUGGUGGUGAGUAAAAAGUUUGGAUACCCACAGCACUGGAAAAUGACAUUUGUCUUCUCACAGUGUCCUUGUUACCAUGGUUACUGUCAGAACACACUGGAUGCUUAAAGAGAUGUUGCUUUACAACAUAUAAGAUACACAUAUAUAUAUAUAUAUAUAUAUAUAUAUAUAUAUUUUAUCCAAAAAGAAACAAUUUUCCCCCCAACAAAAAUAUCUGUAGCGUUAUAUUUCACUAGAAGUAAGUGAGAUUUUAAUUUUGAUGAUCCGACCCUUUAUACAUGUGUCUUUAUAUCAUGUGCUAAAUAUAAAAGCAUACAUCUGAACCACAUGAUUGAAUGGGCUAAAGAGAGGAGCCCAAAGACGGUUACAAAGCUGUUCUUAUUUCCUAACUGGGGGCCCUUUGGUGUCUGGGGGCCCCAGGGCAGCUACUUAGUACUUUGGUUAUAUGAAGGGCUGCCUGGGAUUCAUCACCAGUGCCAACUCAUUCACCGAUUAACAGCCGGUUAUGCAAGUGUACUUUUUUAAAUUUUACAUUUGCUGUUAAGUUGUAAAGAGGGCCCCACCACAGCUCUUUUAGUUUAUUUUUAGUCUGGUAGUAAAUAACACCGUUAUCUGAACGUCCGUGUGCAGAAAUUCUUUGGAAAUCUGCAUUUGUACGUAUAUAUGUAUUUGUACAACGCAAAUAUCAGCUGUAUGCAUCUGGACACAGAUCAUCUGCCACGGCGCCACGUGCUAACAAUGAGCUGUGGGAAUAUAAUGAGCACGUAUUUGCAGCUAUACUACAUUUUGAUGUAUCUAUAAAUAAGGGCCCCAUAACUGGAUAUGAAUACAGGAGCUGCCUAAGGGCCUUGGCCAUUUAAUGGUACAUAUAUCCAAACUACUGCAAUAAUCCAGCCAUGACCAGCCAUGUUUAACCAAAAACCACAUUGAGGUUAUGAUGGAUAUCAUGUGAUGCAAACAAAAAAAAGAUUCUAUAGAUAUUAUCUAAUAAUAUCAAAGGCUAAUAAGCUUUUGUUAACAGGGUAUAUUUCUGCGUUGAAUGAUAACUGCAUGUCUAAAACCUUGGAGCUGAGUAAUCUUUCUGAGGUAUUUUUUUUGCGCUGAUGACAUUUUAUAUAACAUGAAAAUGGAUUUUCCAAUUUCCGGACAAUGUCUGGAAAGCAUCAAUAUGUACCAGCGUUACAGAGCUCCCUUUUCUGACCAGUCUUCAGGUGCUACAGUCAACCCAACACCUGCAAUAGCCUUCAACAAACGGAGAACACGCUGUAGCGCAUUGGACCUUGUUUAGUCGUAUGUUUUCAGUCUGUGAGUUUCACCGCUGUAUUUGAAUGCAGCACAGAGAGACAGCAGCGGGGACUUUGUGUCGUGUUGGGACGUAAAGUGCAAUUAGAAGAAUCCUCUGGUUUGAGUCCCCCAGUGUCUGAGAGCAGAGCAGACUCGUGUGUGAAGAUCCAGCAGUGCCAUGACAGACAGGUUUUCUACAGCUCUUUUCAAAUGGACUUCCUGUUGGGACCACUACUUCUCCUCACUUCUGGGACCAUGAGUCCGAAAAGAUCACUGGCUGCUGACAGCUCUCAAUUUCUCAAAGAAACAUCCAUUUCUUCUCUCUCCU